AUGCCUGAGGAACGAAUACCGCUUCCGGCCCCGGGGGCCCACAGGCCCGGCGCUCCUCCUCUUCCUCCUCAGCGCUCUCCCGGCCACCCUGUGGCCGUUCUUCCUGCCGGUGCGGCGAGCGGCGCUUUUGCCGUUCCUGCGCACCUGCGUCGCGGCCGCUCUCUACUGGUUUUGACUCAAGACAACCAAUACAAGUUGUCAGCACCUCCAGCAGAUCCUCAUGGAGCCCGUUCGCCAUCUCGGGAUGCGUGGAAGCCUGCGACGGGGACGACGCAGUCGCCAAGGGGGCAGGCAGAGACGGAGAACACACCCACCGAAGUGGGCUUUACAAGCGCCCAAAGCACCCGCCAGCAGCCAGGUUCAAGACCUGUUAAGCGAUUUAGUUUUCGAGCUGGGGUUGGACUCUCCAUUGACGCUAGGAGCAGACAGUUAUCGCGCCGCCUCUCCUCUUUCGGCAUGACGGAAGGCAAUGUAUUUGGUACUCUCGCCACGGGCGUACCUAGCGAGGCAGCUCCAUCCGUCGAUGCUGUACUGAAAGAACAGGAAACUAACGGGAAGGUCCACUUACACUCAGCAGAUCUGUUUGAACGGUCUUCCCCUCUCCAGCGACUGCGACGGGCGUGGCGCUGCACUCUUCCUUCUGCACUGGAGAGCCAGCAGCUGCGUUUGGUGGAAUCUGAGUGUCCAGUGGACCAUCCAUCAUUGCAUCAGUCUGAGGAAGUGCAGAAACAGCUCCGGGGCUUCUUCCCGGCCACAUACGGGAAGAAGUACGUAGAGUUAGUGCCGGGCAUGGGCAGCGGCACCGCAUCUCCUAAGGAGCCUCAAGAGCAUCAGCUUUCCAAAGCUCUGAGGAUCGGGAUAGUUCUCAGUGGGGGCCCCGCUCCAGGAGGGCACAAUGUAAUUGCCGGGCUGUACGACUUCGUCAAACAAAGGCACUCCGAGUCAAUGCUUGUGGGGUUCAUGGGCGGCCUGGAUGGAGUCGUGACGGAGGAGCUCAUGGAAGACUUCAGGAACCAGGGAGGUUUCGAUAUGCUCUGGUCAGGACGUGGCAGAGUUGGUGGAGAGGAAGACAUACAACGGGCCAGAGAGGUCUGCGAAUCAUUGGAGCUGCACGGUUUCGUGCUGGUCGGCGGAGACGGGUCAAACAGCAACGCUGCAUUACUAGCAGAGUCCUUUGAAACGAACCUCCCAAGUUGCUGCGUCAUUGGAGUUCCCAAGACAAUUGACGGGGACUUGAAGAAUGCUCUGAUCGAGGCCUCCUUUGGGUUUGACACGGCGGCAAAGACAUAUUCGGAGCUCAUCGGCAACCUGUGCAUUGACGUCAACAGCUCCCAGAAAGUGUAUCACUUUGUGAGAGUGAUGGGCCGCAGCGCAUCUCAUCUCGUAUUAGAGUGCGCAAUGCAGGCGCGACCGAAUCUCGUUUUCAUCGGGGAAGAGGUGGAGAAGGAGAACAUGUCGCUUGAACAGAUAGUGCAGGAACUUGUCGAACUUGUGCUUAAACGCGCGGCAGACGGAAAGAUGUAUGGCGUUAUUCUUGUGCCGGAAGGGCUAAUCGAGUUCAUUCCGGAAAUGAAGCAGCUCAUCAAAGAACUUAAUAGCGUUUUGAAGACAGGACAGACUUUCAAGCCAGAGCUACUGAAGACAACCCGUGCUGUUUGGGAUUUCCUUCCUGAUGUGAUUCAAGACCAACUGCUUAUGGACCGUGAAAGCACAGGCUACAUCCAGGUGGCGAAAAUAGCAACUGAGAGGUUAUUGAUUUUGCUGCUAGAAAAUGAGCUGGCGAAGCAGGGGAAGGACCCUGAACAGUGGAGUUUCAUGCCACAUUACUUCGGCUACGAAGGGCGCUGCGCGAUGCCGUCAAAUUUUGAUGCGAAUUACUGUUAUUCUCUUGGGUUUGUUGCGGGCGCCCUUGUUGACAACAGAAGGAAUGGAUACAUGUCCGUCGUGCGGAACCUUGAUCAGCAUCCCACCCUGUGGACGCCAGCAGGCGUACCGUUCACGACGAUGAUGUGCGUCAAGGAGGACGCUAAAGGUGUAGCAUUUCCUGCAAUCACGCGUUCUCUAGUGGACCUUGACGGUCCUCUGUUUAAAGUUUUCUGCCGGGCCCGCGACCAGUGGAAGUUUGGUGAUUUCUAUCGCGUGCCUGGGCCGAUUCAAUUCGAGGGGCCCACGGCGGACGAGCCUCCGUAUGCUGUAUCCAUUCCAACAGAGGAUGAGCUUUUGCACCAGUCGGAGUCUGUUAGUUAUGUGGGGGUUGGAGGCCGUGUUGUCAAGAGCUUCGGCUUCUUGAGUGCAUUGCAACGCGAGCGGUUGACACAUCGGCCGCCUGUGCCCCCCCUAUGCCUUGACCCGAAGUGCAAAGCGAGGCCGAUGAAGCAGGUUCUUUGCAAGGACCCAUACACUCAGCGUCAGGUGCUGAUGCAUUACCCGUACUUGGCAAACAGCACUUUAUUUUACCUCCAUGAAGUAGCACAUGAUAAAUACACUCCACCAAUCAACUUUGGCCUUCGCGUUGGAUUCGUCCUGUUGUCAAGACAAAGCCCUGGUGUCAUGAACGUCCUCUGGGGACUUCAUGAACGCCUCAAGAUGGUACAGGGCAAGUGCCUGGCUUUCUUUGGUCUAAAGGGCCUGAUUGAGAAAAAUUAUAUUGAAAUUACAGACGAAAACCUGGAACUGUUUUUAAACCAGGGAGGCUGCGAGCUCACAGGACGAAGCACUACUCAUUGCUUGGGAUCCGUCGAAAACCAAGAAGCUGUGAGGCAGCGCUGUGAGGAGCUGAUGCUAGACGGGUUGGUGAUGCCGGGGUCCGCUUUCGCCAUGUCUGAAGCUGCACUGGUUGCAGAGUACUUCCUCGCGCGCCAAUGCCGCACUUCCAUCAUCGGGGUUCCUGCUACUGGAAGCAACAAUUUGGCUGGCGAGUUUAUCGAGACCUGUGUUGGAUUCGACAGCAGCACCAAGGUGUAUGCGGCACUCAUUGGCAACGUUCUUACAGAUGCCGCCUCUAUGCCGAAGUACUGGCAUUUUAUAAGACUCAUGGGCAGGCAGCCUUCGUUCGAGGUUCUGGAAUGUGCGCUGCAAACCCAUCCAAACGUCGUCAUCAUUGCAGAGGAAUAUGGGGCUGCUGACAAGACUCUUCUUCACGUUGUGCAGGACAUUGCAGAUGUAGUCUGUCGUCGUGCAGAGUUGGGAAGGAACUUUGGAACAGUCUUGAUUCCAGAUGCACUUUUGAUGCACUUGCCCAACAUGAAGAUUCUUCUGGCUGAGCUCCGCAGGAUCAUCAGAGAGGCGCAGUCAAAAGGAGAGAUGAAAAAAGCACAGCAACAACUUAUGGACGUGGAUAGCUGGGCGGCCAACGAGCCCGACAGCUGGAACUGGCGACUGACCCCAUGGAGUGCCGCGCUCUUUAAAACUUUCCCUAAAUUCAUCCGCAGGGAACUCGUCCAGGUUGAUAUGGGAGAGAUUCGUUUUGAGCGUCUCGAAACAGAGGAGCUUUUGGCCCAAAUGGUUAAAGAAGAGUUAGAGUAUAGAGCGUCAGUAGGCCGGUAUUGCGGGAAAUUCCAGGCGGUGACUCAUUUUUUCGGUUACCAGGGGAGAUCUUCAAUGCCUUCGACCUUCGACGCAAAUCUGGCUUACGCCUACGGGAACCUCGCCUCUAUUUUAGUGGAAUCAGGAGUAACGGGGCAUUGCUGCAGCAUCCGCGGCUUGUGUGGCAAUCCAAAAGAAUGGCACUUGGGCUCUGUGCCUUUUGUAUCGCUCAUGCGUCUGGUACCAAAUGUACAGGAUAACCCUACCCUGACAGCGGCGACGCAGCGCACGGGCACUUCUGCAGCAGACGUUGGAAUUGAUCGUACCUCAAGGACACCCAGUGUUACAGAGCAGCCGGUCAUUCCCAGCUCCGAAGUCAGCCUUGAUGGCAAAGCUUACAGGUGGAUGAAGACAGCGCUGGAACAGUGGAUGAUGGAGGAUCGCUUCUGCAAUCCUGGCAUUGGCGCAACAUUCUUUAACCGCGUCCUGUACGAGGAGCAAGCGGAAUACUUCGACAUGGUGCGGCGCGUCGAGUGUUAUACCAACAUUCUGCGGAAUACUUGCAGUUUUGGCGUGUCGGACCACAUCCUAAAACACGCCUUUGUUUCCCUAACUGGGCUUCUUAUGCUAGUGUUUCAUUCUGACGAGCUCACGACGCGUAUGCCGGCGCUUGGACAAAGCGAUGAGACAGAUUUUACAGAUGUCGAGCCGGCUGCUCUCCGAAAGUCAACAUGGAGAGAUCAAGGCCCGCUCGGGCGGCCACCAUCAUCAUCUAAACCACCUGGCAACUGA